AUGUUUGGCGCCAUCGUUGCCGGUCGUCUCGUCCAGACCAACCUUCAACAGAUCGACGAAACUCAUUUCGUCUUUCCCUUGGAGCAGCCGUAUGAUAUCAAUCAUCUUACGGUCUUUUUACUAGGUACCGUUCCCUUCCCAGAAGGCUACGGAGCAUCUGUACACUUUGCGUGGCCUGGCAAGGAGUAUAUCCCAUUAGGAGUCCUUACCAAUGGAAAACCCUCAGCCAUUUUCCGUGUUCGCUCUCACCUCCCCCCUGGAGCUACCAUCGGCCAGCCGUCCCCACCCGCUCAGCUCGGUAUCGAAGUCGCGUCCCUGGCACAGCUGGAGGUCAUUCAAGCAGGGCUCAAUGCGGCCACUGAGGGCAAGGGCAAGGAGAUGGUGAGAAAUUUGGAUGUUGGGAAGAUUGCAGAGAAAGUGGUCAGGAAUUUGUUUAAUUACCUGCACUCUUUUGGUGGUGAAGGAGCUUUAACACCCACCACCCAGAUCCCUCUUUCAGUCUUCCAGCAAUGGUACACCAAUUUCACUCGCAAGAUCGAGAACGACAAGGGUGCUUCGUUCCUCGACCGAGAAGAUUAG